GCGCGCCAAGCAGACGUGAGAGUUUGCUUUGCUUAGACUUGCCCGGCAAAUUUGGUUGACACGACAUCGCUUGUGUCAGAGAAAAAUUUCCCUUUCUUGACGACUGCAAUGUCCAAGAGAAAAGGCGUGAGUGCCGAAGAAAAGCGGCAGCGGAUGCUGCAAGUUUUCUAUGAAAAAAAAGAUGUGUUUCAACUGAAAGACCUCGAGAAAAUCGGCCCCAAAGAAAAGGGUGUCAUAGCGCAGGCAGUUAAAGAUGUUGUUCAGUCUUUAGUGGAUGACGGCCUGGUGGACUCUGAAAAGAUCGGCACAUCAGUUUACUUCUGGUCGUUCCCAAGCAAAGCUGUCAGUACGAGAAAGCGUAAAUUAGACGAGCUCAAGUCAAAAGUGGAGGACGUGCAGAAGAAGCUCAAGUUUGUCGAGAAUCAGCUGGCGAAAGCUCAAGUGGGAAGGGAAGAUUCGUCUGAGCGAGAGGAACUGAUUUCCAAGCUGAGCGAAUUGGAACGCGGCCGAGAUGAGGUUUCAUCCGAGCUGGAGAAGCACAAGGACUGUGACCCCGAGGUCCUGGAGGAGAUCAAGAAGCAGACACUCGUAGCCAAGGAGGCCGCCAACCGAUGGACAGAUAACAUCUUUUCUAUCAAGUCCUGGGUAAAGAACAAGUUCUUCAUCGAGGAAUCGGUGCUCAACAAGCAGUUUGGCAUCCCGGAAGAACUGGACUACGUUUAAGCUUUGAUAACCAUCAGCUCAGUCUGUACAUAUGGAACCAACAUUUCACAGAAUUUCGUCACCUUCGCUACGCGUGGCUAACUGUUUUCCCUCUUUGCAACAGCUGUUGCGCGUCAGAAGUGACCUGACACGUAAGUGAAAAUAAAGGUUGUUUCGAGGUGGCUUCGUGUUUUAUUGUUUGCCUGCUACUGCUAUCAAGGUCGCAAACACGAAUUCGCGGAAGCAGAAUCUUGCGUCGAUGGAAUGUUGCGCGGCAUGAAGCAACUGUCAUAGUCAACUUGCAUCAGCA